CCCCCUCCCCCGCCGCGGAUCCUGGCCGCUGCUCUCCAGACCCAGGAUGCCGGGGGGCAAGAGAGGGCUGGUGGCACCGCAGAACACAUUUUUGGAGAAUAUCGUCAGACGCUCCAGUGAAUCGAGUUUCUUACUGGGAAAUGCCCAGAUUGUGGAUUGGCCUGUAGUUUAUAGUAAUGACGGUUUUUGUAAACUCUCUGGGUAUCACCGGGCCGAUGUCAUGCAGAAAAGCAGCACUUGCAGUUUUAUGUAUGGGGAACUGACUGACAAGAAGACCAUUGAGAAAGUCAGGCAGACUUUUGACAACUACGAGUCAAACUGCUUUGAAGUUCUUCUGUACAAAAAAAAUAGAACCCCUGUUUGGUUUUACAUGCAAAUUGCACCAAUAAGGAAUGAGCAUGAGAAGGUGGUCUUGUUCCUGUGUACAUUCAAGGAUAUUACAUUGUUCAAACAGCCAAUAGAGGAUGAUUCAACAAAAGGUUGGACAAAAUUUGCCCGGUUGACACGGGCUUUGACUAAUAGCCGAAGUGUUCUGCAGCAGCUUACACCAAUGAAUAAAACAGAGGUGGUCCACAAGCAUUCAAGAUUAGCUGAAGUUCUUCAGCUGGGAUCAGACAUCCUUCCUCAGUAUAAGCAAGAAGCGCCAAAGACGCCACCACACAUUAUUUUACACUAUUGUGCUUUCAAAACUACCUGGGACUGGGUGAUUUUAAUUCUUACCUUCUACACCGCCAUUAUGGUUCCUUACAAUGUUUCUUUCAAAACGAAGCAAAACAAUGUUGCCUGGCUGGUGCUGGACAGUGUGGUGGAUGUUAUUUUUCUGGUUGAUAUCGUUUUAAAUUUUCACACAACUUUUGUGGGGCCUGGUGGAGAGGUCAUUUCUGACCCUAAGCUCAUAAGAAUGAACUAUUUGAAAACCUGGUUUGUGAUUGAUCUGCUGUCAUGUUUACCUUAUGACAUCAUCAAUGCCUUUGAAAAUGUGGAUGAGGGAAUCAGCAGUCUCUUCAGUUCUCUAAAAGUGGUGCGUCUCUUACGACUGGGCCGUGUGGCCAGGAAACUGGACCAUUACCUGGAAUACGGAGCAGCGGUGCUUGUACUCCUGGUGUGUGUGUUUGGGCUUGUUGCCCACUGGCUGGCCUGCAUAUGGUAUAGCAUUGGAGACUAUGAGGUCAUUGACGAAGUCACCAACACCAUCCAAAUAGACAGUUGGCUCUAUCAGCUGGCCUUGAGCAUUGGGACUCCAUAUCGAUACAAUACCAGUGCAGGGAUAUGGGAAGGAGGACCUAGCAAGGAUUCCCUGUAUGUGUCCUCUCUCUACUUUACCAUGACAAGCCUUACAACCAUAGGAUUUGGAAACAUAGCUCCUACCACAGAUGUGGAGAAGAUGUUUUCAGUGGCCAUGAUGAUGGUUGGCU